AUGGAAAAGGGAAGUUUAUCCGAUAAAAUAGCGAAGAUUCUAACCGCUGCUCCUUCUCACAAUGAUCCGGAAGACGAAAAUAUCGACGGGACGAAGGCUUCGGUGAAUUAUUUAAGCUCCGAAGGAAGUGAUGAUGAAGCGCCUGCUGAAAGCCAAAUUAGAAGACGCAAUGUCGAUUUAUUGGCAGAUAUCGAUGAGAGAUACGCCGGGCAAAAGGGAAGUCGAAAAAGUUUACUGUCUGAUGAAGAGGAAGGUUCGAGUGAAGAUGAAAUCUUAGAUGAUGACAACUCUGAAAGUGCAAAUGAAAGCGAAGAGGAGGAUAAUGAAGAAUACAGCGGGAGCGAAAGUGAAUCCGAUUACAAUUACGAAGGAGAAGACUUGGAACAAAACGAAGAUGAAUCGAAUUUUCAAACGAUGAGCGAUGUUUCCGCACAAGUGAAAAAAGGCAGGUGUGUGAAAAACCAAAUGACCAUAUGGGAGAGCCUUCUAGAAAUGAGGAUACAGGUGCAAAAAUGCCUAUCGGCUGCGAACAAAAUGCCUCGACCAGACAUCUACUCCGAAAUUAGAAACUCUUCUGGUCCAGAGUUUGCUUCCAGCGUCCAGAAAACGAAAAAUUCGAUUUCAUCCGUGCUAGAAAAGCUUUUACUCCUGCAAAAUUUACUGUGGAAACAGUACCCCGAAACGAAGAAUUUGAAAUCGAAGCAAUCGACUAAGGAAGAAUCAGAUGAAGAUGAUGAUGAAGAUAUAGCCGAAAGUGAAGAUGAAGACGAGCCAAUACCAGAAAAGCGAAGGAAAAUAACUGAAUUAGAAAGCGAUAUAUCAAACAAACACAAUUUAUACAAGGACUAUAGAAACAAUGUAAUACAGAAAUGGCACGAUAAAACCAGAUUACCUGCGAUGAAAAAUAAUUCUACUAAUCACUCGAUAAUCAAUCAUAUCGAACACACUUUAGCAGAUAAAGCCAAGUUAAUCAAAAGAACGCAACUGAAGAGAACUGAGUACAAGAUAGUGGGCGAAGAUGCUAAAGAAGAUAGCAAUGAAGAAAUGAAAGAAGAAUACAAUACAGAAAUAUUCGAUGACAACGAUUUCUACCAUCAGCUGUUAAGGGAGCUUAUCGAAGUGAAAUCGGCCGAUUUGACCGAUCCGGUGCAAUUGGGCAGGCAAUGGAUGCAAUUGCAAAGUCUGCGGAGCAAAAUGAAGAGGAAGAUCGACACGAAGGCUACGAAAGGGAGGAAAAUCAGAUACGUAGUGCACAGUAAAUUAGUCAAUUUCAUGGCUCCUAUGGAUAACAGUUCCUGGUCCGAUGAAGCCAAAACCGAAUUGUUCGGUUCGUUGUUUGGAAAAAACCAAACGGUACACGAUUAA